UGGUGGCUGGUGAUCUCCUCUCGUUCUUUCUUCGUCGUUAGCGGCAACGGUUAUGCCGUUUAGCGAUCGAUUUCUCCUGUGUAAUUGUUUCUAAAUCGUACUAAUACUUAAAUAUUUAAUAUAUAAUCAUUAAUUAAUCCCGUUUAAUAAUGACAGCUAAUUAAUUGUAAUUAAAUACUCGAGAUUACGUAACAUUAUAGCGUUUAUUUAAUCGUUUAAUUGAACCUAUAACCAAAGCCACGUGUUCCUCGUGUCCUGACAUUUUUUAUCUACAAGUCAGUCAGGUAUGCUGAUACAUUAUGGCAGAGGGACGAGAGAGGAAGACAGAGUUUGUAGAAGGAUGGUAUCUUGGGCAUACUCUUGGGGAAGGAGCCUAUGGGGAAGUAAAGUUAGUAAUAAACAAAUCAACCGGUGAAGCGGUAGCUAUGAAGAUGAUUAACUUGAAAAAACAUCCAGAUGCACGUCAAAAUAUCCACAAAGAGACAACGGUACAUCGUAUGCUAUCGAACCCCCACAUAAUCCGAUACUUCGGGCAGCGAAGCGAGCCGACUAUGGAGUACAUUUUUCUCGAGUAUGCAUCGGGGGGCGAAUUGUUUGAUAGAAUAGAACCGGAUGUCGGUAUGCCCAUGCGAGAAGCCCAGAAAUAUUUUCGCCAGCUGAUAACCGCCGUCGAGUAUCUCCACUGUCGAGGGGUCGCGCAUCGCGAUUUGAAACCCGAAAAUUUACUUCUUGACGAGAUGGACAACCUCAAGAUCACGGACUUCGGACUGGCGACGGUCUACCGUCUCCAGGGUAAGGAACGUUGCCUAGAAAAACGUUGCGGCACUCUUCCCUACGUCGCCCCCGAGGUUCUCGUGAGACCCUACCACGCGGAGCCCGCGGACAUCUGGUCCUGCGGAAUAAUUCUGGUGGCUCUGCUAGCCGGUGAGCUGCCAUGGGACGAGGCAGAUGCUAAUUGUCCGGAGUACAAAGCCUGGAGGGAAGCAAGACACCUGGAACUCACACCCUGGAAGAAAAUUGACAGCACCUCGCUCAGUUUGAUACGGAAGAUUCUUAACCAUUCACCAUCCUUGAGGAUCAAAAUUCCAGAUAUUAAAUUACACCGUUGGUACCUGAAUGAUUUAGACAAAGAAACUACUGCGAGUAAUAUCGAUGGCGCGGAAAGAAAAUUAAAAAUAAAACGGUACAGUGAUGAAGAUUGUAACAACAGAGUAUGUCUCUCUCAACCGGAAUUCCCGAGCGUAAAUUCAUCUGUUCAUAUAAACUUGGACGAGCGACCGGGUUUCUCGUUUUCGCAACCCGCUGCUCUGGAGGAUUUACUUUUGUCAACUCAACCGGUUCAAAAUACCCAAAACUCUACUCAAAACUCGUUCCAGAAAUUGGUGAGACGGAUGACGAGGUUCUUUGUUAAGACUGAUUGUGAUGAAACUGUCACGAGACUUAUUGAUAUAAUUAAAAAACAAAAUUAUACUUAUCGGAUAAAUGAAACUGGAAUUGUGACAAUAUCGACGGUAGACAGAAGGAAGAUGCCAUUGGUAUUCAAGGCCAUAAUUGUAGAAAUGGAUAAUCAAAUUCUAUUGGACUUCAGACUGUCAAAGGGAGACGGUUUGGAAUUCAAACGACGGUUCGUUAUCAUAAAGGAAGCCCUUGAAGACGUUAUUGUUAGAGGACCGGUAACUUGGCCACUUGCUGUCGCGACUCAAUCGAUGCCGUAAUUUAAUAAAUUUAUAUUCAUUAUUUAUUUUAUAUUUUUAAGUAUUCACAUGCAUUCAAUAAAAAAUAUUUUUUGUAUCGA